CUGGGUCUCGUCCCUCCUCCGCCAGACCACGGCGAAGAGGAGGCGCGGAAAAAGGAGGUAAUUAAAGCCGUCCUUAGGCCCGGGUCGGGCAAGAUCCAAGCUAAGAAGGAGCGGCGAUUAGGGAGAAUACCGAGCAUAGUCUUCGAGCAGGAGGACGGGCAUCUGGGCGGCCGAAAACGGCUGGUGUCCGUCGAUCGCAAGCAGAUCGGACGGCUGGUGAAGAAGUUCGGGCGGCCGUUCUUCGUGUCGCAGGUGUUCGACCUCGAGAUUGCCGCGGAGGGCGCGGAAGCGGCGGAAGGGGAGGCGGCGGGAGCGGAGGGGGUGCCGGAAGAAUCAACGGUUGAGAGUGUCCGGAUGAGAGUGAUUCCGAAGCUGGUGCACUGGCAUGGAGCUACGGACGAGAUUCUCAACGUGACUUUUCUCAAGCUGCCCGAACGCGAAAGCGCACGAGUUAAAGUGCCCGUGCCUUUGGUUUUUGUGGGCGAGGAUGCCUGCCCGGGCAUUAAAAAAGGUGGUUGGCUCUACACCAUGCGUCGCACCCUCCCCUUCUCCUGCCCCCCCUCCGCCAUUCCUCCUUUCGUGGAGGUGGAUCUGUCUGCAUUGGAUGUGGGCCACAAGAUCACCCUUGCUGACGUGGCAAGGCAGGUGGAUCCGCGGCUCAGAUUGCUCCUGGCAGAUGUGUCUCACCCCGUCUGCAAGAUAGCUGGCAGCCGGUCAUUGGCCAAGGAAGCAGCGCCUGCUUAG